UCUUUCCGGCUUCGAGCUUCCUCUUUUCCUCUGCAGCAGGGUCGCCGACAUGGUUAACGUGCCGAAGACCCGCAGGACCUACUGCAAAAAGUGCAAGAAGCAUCAGCCCCACAAAGUAACCCAGUACAAGAAGGGCAAGGAUUCCCUUUAUGCACAGGGUAAGAGAAGAUACGACAGAAAGCAGAGUGGUUACGGUGGACAAACUAAGCCAAUUUUCCGCAAAAAGGCUAAGACUACAAAGAAGAUUGUGCUGAGGCUAGAGUGUGUGGAGCCCAACUGCAGAUCCAAGAGAAUGUUGGCCAUCAAGAGAUGCAAGCAUUUUGAGUUGGGUGGUGACAAGAAGAGAAAGGGCCAGGUCAUCCAGUUUUAAACUGCACCUUUCUCACAGAUGAGUUUGUCACAGUUUUCAAUAAAUGGGUUGAAAUUUAAA